CUUUUUUUUGCAGCACACGGACAACGCAUUUCUUUGCUUGGACCGAGGGAGCUGAGUGCCAAUCAUAUUCGACGACUUACAUCCUUCGCUUCACGUCCUGGUCGCCCUAUCGGCAUUUCCCUGGUCGCUUGGCAAAAACUGCGGAUCGCGACUUUUGGCGAUAUUGAUACGAUUUCCAUUUCGAAAAUUUCAAUUCAACCUCACAAACCGAAACCCUUCACUCAGAGAUAUCCCAGCCACAAAACUAAAACUGGCCUCCACUCAACGAGUACGGCUUCACUUUUACGGUGUCAUCAUACAAAUAUACAGCUUUUCAGCAUUCACUCACUGUCACCUCUUACCUUUUGCGCGCCACGCUCCUCACUAUCGACAUUGACAUAUUGCCAGGUCUCGGCCCAUUGGAUUGAGAAAGCCGCGCGUUUCUAAGAGAUCAUUUGCAUGCAAUGAGCGCCGAGCCCGUCGAAGAUGGUCCGAAAAUGGGCUCGGAUGAGUCCCAGCGACUGUUCGCCGAUGAGUUGAAGGCGCUCAUCGCCGGCGCCCGCGAUGAGGCCUCAGUCACCCAGGAUAAUGACCAAGAUACUAUACAAGUCAACGGACAGCCAAGCUCAAAAGACCAAUCAGACAUCAUAAUACAACCUCAGAUCGAGCAAGAACCAAAGAAAGAGCCGACUUACGUAAUGAGAAAGCCAAACGACCAGCAGCAAGAGGCACAAGCCGCGGAGCCAACAGUGAAUCAAGAGCCGGCUUCGCCAUCACGAAAACGUCCGAGCCCGGGGGACGAACCAGAAUCAUCACCAAAACCUGUCAAGAAGGAAGCGAAGCAAUGUGGUGUCUGUCAAGCGCAGCCAGGGAAGUACAGGUGUCCGCGCUGCCCGCUUAUGUACUGCUCAGUAGCUUGCAACAAGUCCCACAAGGAAAACCACCCCCCUCCUUCCGAGGUACAACCCAAGCCAUCCACCAACACCCAGCAGCAGCAGCAGCAGCAACAACAACAACCCCAACCCAUCGACACCGACCCCCUAGCCUUCCUCCUGCCCCACGCUCACCACAUCACCCGCCUUCUAUCCAAAUACCCCCACCUUGAGUCUCGCCUCAACCACAUCCUAUCUCAAACUCUCCCGCCCGCCAACAACCCCAACGGCCUUCCUGUCGACCCCAACACCGGCUUCGCCACCACCGCCUCCGGCCUCCCCGUUCGUGUAAACGUCCCCGGCUACGCCUCCUCUUCGGGGAAGUCCUAUUUCAAGAAAGACACGCAGCCCUGGUCUAGGGAAGUGGGAUUGCGUCGCGGGGCUGCGGCUUUGAGGAGCGCGAGGACGGAUCCGAGUGAGACGGGAGAUGGGAUCAGGGAACUUUGUGAGACGGUGCUUUGGCUGUUGAAUGGUCAGGAAAGGGGGGAGUUGGCUAGGCCUAGUGGUAAUAGUAAUGGUGUUGGGACGAGUAGGAGGGAUGUGACGCAGCUGGUUAGGGAGGAAGUUGUCAAGGAGGAACAGGAGGUGGUCAAGAGGUUGUUGGAGGAGGAGAUUAAGGGGGAGGGUGGGGAUCGAUGAAUGGCAAACACCCUCGGAAGAGGAUAGCCAUGGAGAGAUGGAUGCUGAAGCUUCCUAAUGGGAGCGGAAGACAUGUGAUGAUUAACGAACAAACGGGGGACCAACAUGGAGUGAGGGAAGCAGGAGUCAAAGGGGUCGUUGCCGCUAAACUGCGUGGUUGGACCCAACGAAUGGAUGUCCUUGCCCACGAUACCUGUCUGAACAGCAAACAUCGGAAAAAGGGUAAGGAAAGGAAAAAGUGACGGACCGAAGCAGUGAUGGUCUUAACGCCAACUUUGUUUAGAACGGCUGGCUGGCUGUUGGAAACAUGUACACACAGCAAGGAAGUAAGCGGUUAUAAGAAGAGGUCAUGGCUUUCAAGUGCCAAAAAAAGAUACCCAGAGAGGAUAAGGAUUUAUUGUCAUGGAUAUAUUGUGUAUGAGUUUUCGGGUCACUGAGCAUAUCCGCGCUCAUAGGGCCGACGCAACUGCACCAGUCUUCGGAACGGGAGUGACUUGGUAGUUAUGGCGCGGUUGGUGAUGGGACCUUUCCUUAACCCCCUUCUCCUUGACUACUCUCAAGUAACCGCAUCAAGGAGGGGCGGCUGGUUGGGUAGACUGGGGUCUUCACUUAAUGUGAAAAUAAAACCACAGUGGAUCACUAGGCUUUGCACGACCUCCCGAGCGCGG